AUGAAGCUAAGGGUCAGGCUUCAGAAGCGGACCUGGCCUCUGGAGAUGCUGGAAACGGAGCCGACUCUGGGGCAGCUGCGCGCGCAUCUGGGCCAGGUCCUGUUGCCCACCUGGGGGUACAGUUCUGACACCCGGUUUGCAAUUACAUUGAACAACAAGGAUGCCCUCACUGGAGAUGAAGAGACCUUGGCUUCCUAUGGGAUUGUUUCUGGGGACUUGAUAUGUUUGAUUCUUGAAGAUGCCAUUCCAGCACCUAACUUACCUUCAUCCACAGAUUCAGAGCCUUCCUCACUCCAGCAUAAUGACCAACCCUCUUUGGCCACCAGCUCCAACCAGCCCAGCAUACAAGGCGGACAACCAAGUGAUUCCUUGCAAGGACAGGCAGCCGAAUCUGAUGUCGGGAAUGAUGACACAAUGGUGGAGCCUAGUGAGGACGUUGAAGCGGAGUCAGUACAAGAUGCCGUGGACAUGGAGGAGGGCACAGGCUUCUGUCCCUCAGAACCGAUGCUCUGCAGUGAGACAGUUGAGGGACAGGUGCCCCAUUCAUUAGAGACCCUGUAUCAUGCAGCUGACUGUUCCAAUGCCAAUGAUGCCUUGAUUGUAUUGAUCCAUCUUCUCAUGUUGGAGUCAGGCUACAUACCUCAGGGGACAGAAGCCAAAGCGGCAUCCAUGCCAGAGAAGUGGAAGUCGGGGGGUGUGUACAAGCUGCAGUACACGCACCCCCUCUGUAAUGGCGGCACUGCUGCUCUCACCUGUGUGCCUUUGGGAACCCUCAUCAUCGUAAACGCUACCCUAAAAAUCAACAAUGAUAUUAGAAGUGUAAAACGAUUGCAGCUGCUACCAGAAUCAUUUAUCUGCAAAGAGGAACCAGAGGAAAAUGUAGCCAAGAUGUACAAAGAUCUUCAGAAGCUCUCCCGGCUCUUCAAAGACCAGCUGGUGUAUCCUCUUCUGGCUUUUACCCGACAAGCCCUGAACCUACCGGAUGUUUUUGGGCUGGUGGUCCUCCCUCUGGAGCUGAAACUACGGAUCUUCCGACUUUUGGAUGCUCGCUCUGUCCUGUCUCUGUCUGCGGUGUGUCGUGACCUCUUCAUCGCUUCAAAUGACCAACUCCUGUGGAGGUGUUUGUAUCUGCGGGAUUUUCGAGAUAGUACUGCCAGAGCUCGAGACACAGAUUGGAAAGAACUAUACAAGAAGAGACACAAGCAGCGGAAAGAAGCCCAGAGAGGGCGGCAUGUGAUGUUCCUGCCGUCGGCAGCCCACCCCAUUCCGUUCUACCCCAGCCCCUUCUACCCUGGCCCCUUCCCUGCUAACCCUCUCUACCCCCCAGGAAUUAUUGGUGGUGAAUAUGAUGUAAGACCAAUACUUCCCUUUGUUGGGGACCCAAUCAACUCACUCAUCCCAGGGCCUGGGGAGACUCCUGGCCAGUUCCCUCCCCUCAGACCACGUUUUGAUCCAGUUGGCCCACUUCCAGGACCUAACCCCAUUUUGCCAGGGCGAGGGGGUCCCGGCGACCGGUUUCCCCUCAGACCCAGCAGGGGUCGCCCCACUGACAACCGGCUGCCAUUCAUGUGA